GUCACACGCCCCGCCCCCUCUCUGGAGCUGACCAAUGGUUGUUGAAGUUCCAAAGUAGCGCAACAUUUCCUUUAUGCCUCCAUCCCCUGUUGUCUAAUUUCAAUAUUAGAUUCCGGAUAUUUAUCUUUUUUAAGUUUAUCUCACUUUAUUGGAAAGUUUCGAUCAGAUUAAUAUCAAAAGUAUUCGCCUCUUAGAAACACGCUCGCGCUCUCUAUGGAAGCCCGCUAACGGCACAGAGCUAGCUAACGUCGCAGCAGCUAACUGUAGUUAGCUGUUAGCUUUGUGUGUUCGUGUCUUUGUUUUGAUCGGAAAAAAACAGGUAAAAAGAUCAAAAGUCUCAGGUGUUCACCGAGAUGACGUCAGCCUCUGCAAAGGUAAGUCACCUGGAAACACGAGACCGACCCACGAGACACCGAAAAGUGUGAAUAUAACCGAAACUGUCAUGAGAAAGACAGGAGGAGACACAGCUGUGCACAAAACCCGGUUUAAAAAAAUAUCGUUUUAAGUUUAUUUUCAUUUUAUAAACACAAAAUUGAAGAAAACUGAUUGAAAGUUUAUUAUUUUCUAUCAAGACACUCUUAAUGAUAAUUCGGCUCAUGGUUAGUGUGUCAAACAAAUUAUUUUAAUAAAUAAAAAACAGGUCUGACAGUGGAGGACCAUCACUAAUGUCAGGUAGAAAUGCACCUAAGCUCAUUUAGAUAAUCUCAGAGUCGAGAAGAAGAACUGUAUUGAUUCCGAGGGGACAUUCAGAUUCAAACACGCUCUUUGUAAAAAUACAAGAGUAACUUCACCGUUUUUUCCUCUUCAUACUGUGUUGAACCAGGUCCUGUACCAAAACAAAUAUAGGGGAGAGUGGGGUAAGAUGAGCCAUUUUUAUUAUUUCGGAUCACUACAUCAAGACAAUCAUAGUUUUGUCUCUAACUAGUGUAUCUGCAUAUAUUUCAAGAUGUUGUUUAAUUCUGCAAACCAACAGAAUGAGUGUAAACAUAACUGUCUUGAUAAUAUAGCAUGACAAAAAACUGGUCUCCUAUGGUCAACUUACCCUGUGUAUGGGGUAAGUUGACCAUAAGAGCGGGGUAAGUUGAGCCGUAUCCCUACAUACCUACUACCUCUCCCUUAAUAACAGUCACUUCUUCACAUUCAUGUGUAUUUUUAUCUAUUACACGCUAUUCAACUGGUACAACAAUUAUUUUUAUUAUUAUUGCAUAUAACUGCUAAUGUCCUCUGAGCUAAAAUGGUGGACUUUUAUGUUAGGUUUCUGACCUCAUGUUGUAGCUCAUAGAUACCACAAUUGAUGUAUAUAAAAAUUUAAAAUGAUCUUUUUUGGUCUGAACACAAUUCUGAUAAAACUUAUGACAGACUAAAUUCAUUUUCAAGAGUGAAUUUAUUUAUAAAUAUUUGGUCACAUGAUCAAUUUCUUUGACCGUUUCCAAGAGAAAGGGGGUGGCUCAACUUACCCCACUCUCCCCCACUCAGGGUUCUCUGAUCCAGACUGAAUUAUGCAGAGAGACAGCAGAUUUUCUCAAACAGAGUUCAAAGUGAUGUAGACUCGGUCAGGGAAGCCUAGGUAUUGGGGUUCUGGAUCUGGAUCUGUCCUAAUAUGAUCUAGAUGUCAAAGAUGAGCAAUUUUUCUAUUUUGCACUUUCACAAAUAAAAUAAAAGAUUCACAAAUCUAAAACUUCAGUGAGAAGAGUCUGUAGAUUCUUGUCAAUAGUAUGGUCCAGACUUGAACAGUCUUGGUAUAGUGGUUUUGGAUCAGGAGCUGGUCCAAUGUGGUCUGGAGGUUGCCUUUUUUGCACGUGCAGUAUCUUAUUUUAAUUUGACAUCUCUAUCUUCCUUUAUUUCACCACUAAACCAAACCUGCACACCGUUCUCUGCUCUGCAGGUGGGAGAGAUUUUCUCUGCAGCCGGAGCUGCUUUCACCAAGCUGGGAGAGCUGACCAUGCAGCUGCACCCGGUGUCCGACUCCAGCCCUGCAGGGUGAGACACACAAGUGACAUGAGUUGCAUUUGCUGUUUGGAAAUAAGUGCUCAGCAGAGACGGCCGAUAACAAACACAGAUGAUUAGAUAAGUCACUGUACUGACUACCUUAAUGAAAGACAAGAAAGGUAAAUUUCACAAGUAUCCUUACUCUGCCUGAAGUUCUAAUAAACUCCCUCAGCUUUGGGAGGACCAGGAAACCAUCUUCUGUUAUUAUAGAUACACACAUUAGUUAUCAGGUUCAUCAGGUGGACAGAGCUCAGACUGUUGUAUGGCAACUAUCCAAAACAACUUAGUCGCAGAGAGGCUGAGUAGGGGAAAAUGGUGCGUUGCCUGACGCGUUGGCUGUAUAAACUUCAAAAAACAGGCUGUAUCGCCAUUUGUAGUUUUAUUAACGCAAAAGGACGAAGCACUUACAUGAAGCAGGAAAGGGCAGUCAUUCAAAAUCAGGCGAAACGUUAGCGAAAAAGCGGUCAGCAAAAAGUAGGACUUCCCCAGGUGAACAGCUGACUUCACUACUACCGGUGCUGACGUACUACCUCCCCACACCACGUGACUCUCAUCCCCGUAUAUAACCACACAAGACACAAUACUAUAAAAGAUCAUGGCUACCACAAAGAACUGGCAUCUACAACUGUGUUUUUGUGUCCUCAGAGCCAAGUGGACGGAGACGGAGAUCGAGAUGCUGCGUUUGGCGGUUCGUCGGUUUGGAGAUGACCUGAACAACAUCAGCACGGUGAUCAAGGAGAGAACUGUGUACGUCUGAGUCUCACCUCUCAUGUUCAGAUCUAAGAGGGUUUUAGAGGAGAUACAAACAUAUCUACAGCCAACUCUUACUCUGAGUAACUUACUGUUAACAGUGAAACUGGGACUCACCAAAAACAGAUGAACAGUUAUCCACAGUAACAGUUCUGUUUAACUAACAGUAACACCUAGACUCACCUGAACAGCUGAACAGUAAGUCAGAGUCAGGCCUCUCGUCUAUUCAAGUUAAGUUUGACAGUAAGAAACUGAGACAAAAGAACAUUUAGAGUGAGGCCUCUGUGUAGAGCACUGUUUACUGUGAAACUGAGACUACUCAGAAUCACUGUGAUCCUUGUGUGUUUACUGCAGCGCUCAGAUCAAGAGCACAGUGAAGAGGAAGUUGUAUGAGGACAGCAGGGUCCCCAUUUCCUCUGAGUCCCCGAAGAAGACCGUCAAGAAAACAGCAGUCUCCAUGACGACAGCCCCACCUCCAACAGCCCCUGCCAUGAUCACUGUUCCAAGCUCACAGGUUGUCGUGGCGACAGGCAUGCAGAACAGCCCUUCUUUGGCCCCACCCAUCAAAAAACAGAAGACGGCGGAUGUGACGCUGAGCGCACUGAAUGACUCGGAUGUGAACAGCGACCUGGUGGACAUCGAGGGACUCGGAGAUGGAUCGAGUAACAAGAAGCUCAACUUUGACCAAGGUCCGUGAGUCACUGUGAUCAUCCAUGAGAGUCACUUUAAAAAUCCUAAACAGCAUUAAAAUUCUCACUCUCUGUUUACUCAAAUACUAAAAUUUACUCAAAUAAGUAUAAUGAAAAAAAUCAAAGUAUAGUAUGAUAAAAAUUUCAAAGUUAAGUGUGAUAAAAAAUCUAAGGAAAGUAUGAUAAAAAUGUAGAAGUAUAGUAUGAUAAAGAUGUCAUAGUAUUGUAUGAUGAAAAAUUAUAGUUAGGUAUGAUAAAAUACCAUAGUAUAGUAUUAUAAAAAUGUCAUAGUAUAGUAUGAUUAAAAACAAUAGUACGAUAAAAAAAAUUAAAGUUAGGUAUGAUAAAAACCAUAGUAUAGUAGGAUAAAAAUGUCAAAGUAUAUGAUGAUACAGAUGUCACAGUAUCUUGUGACAAAAAAAAUCAUAGUAUAGUAUGAUAAAACUGUAAUAGUAUAGAAUGUAGACAAUGUCAAAGUAUAGUAUGAUAAAAAACAAUUUUAGUUAGGUAUGAUAAAAAAACAUAGUAUAGUGUUAUAAAAAUGUCAGUAUAGAAUAAUUAAAAAAACAUAGUAAGGUAUGGUAAAAAACAUAGUAUAGUAUGAUAAAAAACCAUAGUAUAGUUUGAUGAAAAAUGUCAUAGUUAGGUAUUAUAAAAACAUAGUGUAGUUUGAUAAAAUAUGUCAUAGUAUAGUAUGAUAAAAAAAUCAUAGUUAGGUUUAAUAAAAAAUCAUUGUAUUGUAUGAUAAAAAAAAAUUAUAGUUAGGUUUAAUAAAAAAUCAUUGUAUUGUAUGAUAAAAAAUCUCAUAGUAUGGUAUGAUUUUAUAUAUAUAUAUAUAUAUAUAUAUAUAUUGUUAAGUAUGAAAAAAACAUUGUCAUAUGUUAAUAAUAAUUGCCAGUCAUUUUUUUACGAAAAUGAGUUUUUGGCUUAAAUCAUCCCUUGUUAAUGCUGGCCAUCUCUGGUAAAAUGGUGAAUCAUAUUGUUUUUUUUACACUGUAUACAUAAUGGGACCAUGGCUGUGUUAGAUUAUGUGCACUAAUGGGAAGAGGAUAUUUCUGUGUUCUAGAGUUGAAUAAGCUGAUAGUUUGCAUUGUGUCUGAUGUUGGAGGAGGCUGCAGCAUCUUCAGCACUCCUACCGUUCUGAGUUUAACCUCCAUCUUAAUCUUUUUCCUCUUGAAUCCUCAGCCACUAUCUGACUCUAAUUUAUUUCCCUUUUGUUUCCUCAGAGAGUCUCAACCUGGACUCCAGCCUCAUCAUGAACUCCAGUGACCUCCCCCUGCUGUCCCGCUGACCUUUGACCUCACAGCCUAUUCAUGAAGAAGCAUGACGUCUCAGAAAACCUGAAAAACUUUUUAUUUUAGAUUUUAUUUCUCUUUUUUAUGUUUCCAGAUCUUCACCUGUCAAUAUUUAAAUAACAAAGGUUUUUUUUGCCUUUUAAGUUUUAAUGAAGAAUUCAAAAUUUAAAAAGCUUCAAAUAAAACUGAUAAAAACAUGUAAUUUCACUUUAAUUUGUUUUAAAGAAUUGUUAGCUUCAGGUCAAGUUUGUUCUUCUUUGUGAGGCGGUCUCAUGUUUCAGAUCUGCUGAUUUACAAUCAGACUAAAAGGACCUGAACUCUGUGUUUCUGUCGUCUUUAAGUGACGUGGAGCUGCAGAUCAGCUGUAAAGAGAGAAAACACAUGAAAACAUUUCCCCCAGAAUUCUACGACAUUUUCAUAUCUGCUGUAACUUUCAACAAAGAGUCUCGUUUUAAGACUCAAAAUGACUCAAAAGAUUGGGAAUCUGUAAAAGAAAAUUUUGAUUUGUAUUUCUGUAUGUUUGUAAAGACUGUAGUUUCCUAGAACAGCUGCUCUGGAGUUUUUUAUCUAACAAACAGGAGAAAAAACGAUUUUCUUGGAGCUCUGUGACUCAGAGAAGGAAGAUAAAUCAGACUGUGAUCGAAGUAGGAGGUACAUAUGAUGUUAGUCAGAGUCUCGAUUGUCAGACUACAGUUUUCUGAAAGUUUUUGGACAUGAAAGUAAAAAUAAAAUCAGAGUUUUGAUUGGAACAUUUUGUGGAUCAGUGAGCUUUGUAAAAAUAAUUUGGAUCAUGUGAAGUAAAAAGACUUUAAACAGUGUGAUUCGUCUCUUUUUUGUUUGUUAGUUUGAUUUUACAUGUUCUGCUUUGGGUGUCAUUAAACCUGUUCACCAGUCUGA